AUGUCCUUACUUUAUAAGAAAACCCUGGAUUUAUUAAAAGGAAAUAACAAUGACGCCAACGGAAUACGAAUAAACAUAAACAGCCAGAAUAAGAGAGGACACAACAACUCUGUGAUCACGUCCAAGUAUACCAUCUGGAACUUCAUUUUCCUGAACGCAUAUGAGCAAUUUCACAAGAUAUCGAACAUUUACUUUUUGAUCAUCGGGAUUCUGCAGUUAGUACCAGAGUUCACUGCAACGAAUAGAUUACCGACUAUUUUAUUUCCACUAACCAUUGUACUAGUGGCGAAUGCAAUCAAAGAUGCAUAUGAAGAUUGGAAUAGACACAAGACGGACAAAAUUGAGAACAAUCGAAUGUGCUACGUUGUGGCAGAUACGGAGAUCAAUGAGGAAGAAGAGAGCACAUCCUUUUUUAAAAGUAUAUUUAGAAAGAUAAGGAAAUUUUUAAUCCGCAAAAAAAAAAUAUGUAGUAUGGAUAACUCCUUUGAUGAAGAAAUAUACGUUGACGAAAUUACGGACGUGGAUACUUUUAUGAGCAGUUUUGAAGGCAAUUUAGGACACGUCGAAGGUACUGUUAAAAAAAGGUGGAAGGAUGUAAAUGCAGGAGAUAUAAUUCUCUGUAGAAGGUCUGAAUUUUUCUGUGCUGACAUUUUACUACUAAGUACAAGUGACAAAAAUGGAAUUGCAUUUGUAGAAACAUCUAGCUUGGAUGGAGAAACCAACUUAAAAGUUAAAGAAGCGAACGGAUUCGUAUUCAAUAUUCUUACCUCAGACAGAAGUGAAGCAAUUGAUAAGGUAAAAAAUUUGAAGGGAUUUAUAAUCAGUGAAAAACCUAAUAAAGAUUUGACGACCAUGUAUGGUACAAUAUAUUUCGAAAAGGAUGAAACAACGGAUCUAAAAUUUAAUGACGACUUGUCAGAAAUCUUAAAAGGAACAACAGAGUUGGUAGAAUAUAGACGUAGGAGAGUAUCAAGUGCAGAUUUUAGUAGAAAUAGUAGCAGCAUUGGAAAUACACAGGAGGAGUGGAUAGGUGAACUAAAUGAUUACAAUGAAGACAAACAUGUAAGAAUUCCAUUUGAUGAAAAACACUUCGUUUUAAGGGGUUGUAAGUUAAAAAAUACGGACUGGGUUAUUGGCAUAGUUAUAUACAUUGGGAAGGAGACGAAAAUACAAAUGAAUUCUACUAAACCGAUUAUUAAGACGAGUAAAUUAGAAAUAUUAACGAAUAAACUAACCAUCAUCGUUUGGCUGAUUCAGAUGAUUAUUUGUUUUAUAUCAGCUUACUACAAUGCAGUAAUUGUAAGCAUGUCCAAAAAAAGUAAAUUUAAGUACUUGCCUUUUAAUUUAGAAGAAUCCAAGAAGCCUUUUAUCGUCGGAGUUAUUUCCUUCUUCUCCUGGGUUGUCAUCACAGCGAAUUUUAUUCCCAUCAGUUUGAUUGUCACCAUGAGUUUUGUAAAAGUUGUUCAGGCGUAUUUCAUUUCCUGUGACAAAAAUAUGAUACAUAAAGUUGUGGCCGAUAUUCCCACCUUUGGCAUGCAGAAGGAAACUGCAAGUUUGCGAGAUGAAAAUUCAGUGGAGUUGGACAUCAAGGAAUGGGGAGGAAAACUCCAAGCAGAUAGCACUCACACCGACAAGUCGAAAAUUAAUUUGGCGCCACAAGAAAACACUGAAAGCAGCGAAGCAACAAAUGGGAAGUUUCACACUGGCGGUAAAAAGAACAACAACGCCAGCCAAACCAACGGAAAUAGUAGCUCCAAUGAUAAUGCCACCGUGAAUGCUACCUCGGAUGAACCGAAAAAAACGCUCACUAGAGUUAUCACGUUUAAGGACGUAAAGGAAAAAAACUACAUAUAUUUCAAUGCCGUACCUAGAACAUCCAGCCUCAUAGAAGAGCUAGGACAAAUCGAAUAUAUUUUCUCCGACAAAACUGGAACGCUAACAUGCAAUGUGAUGGAGUUCAGAAAAUGUGCCAUUAACGGGAUUUCCUAUGGAAAUGGUCUGACUGAAAUUAAGAAGCACAUUUUAAAAAAAAGAAAUAUGGCCAUUCCAGAAGAACCUGUACUAAAAUCAACGGAGAGAACGCCAAAUGUAAAUAUAGUAGAUGAGGAUUUGGUAAAGCAUCUGCACGAUGUGACACAUUUUAACCAUGCAGCUGUGAUAGGUUUCUUCGUACAUUUGGCCAUUAAUCAUUCAGUGAUAUGUGAUUAUGGAAAGGAGCCCACGACGACUUACUCGUCCAGUAGCCCAGAUGAGGAAGCCCUAGUAUAUGCUGCAAAGCACUUUGGAAUCACCUUCUUGUACAGAAGGGAUGGUAAGUACGGAAUUAGCAUAUUCGGCACGGUUUACGAAAUUGAAACGUUGGCAAUUGUUGAAUUUACAAGCAAGAGGAAAAUGAGUAGCGUUAUUUGUAGAAUACCCGUUAGAGCUACACACACAGAUGGAGCUGGAAGUAAUGGUGCUUAUGGUGAAGUAGGUAGGGGCAAAGGCGGAACGGGCACUACCAGAGGCACUAAUGAUCAGGCAAGCGGAAAAGACCCAAAGGUAGAGGAACACUCUGCAUUAGUUAGAAACGAAAUGAUCACCUCCUCCCCAUUGAAGAAUAAUCCUCUGGAUGAAAACAUCGCUCAUGGAGGUAAGAAAUUAAAAAAGGGAAAUAAACAAAAUCAAAAAGAUGAGAUAAUAACUUGUAAAAAUUGCAAGGAGUCCAAAAUUAUGCUUUUCUGCAAAGGAGCUGGAAGUGUGAUUUUAAAUAAAUUAGCAAACAAGACAGAAAUAGAUGACAUCACGAUUGAACAUAUGGAAACGUACGCUGACGAAGGGUUAAGAACACUAUGUAUCGCACAAAGGGAAUUAACAGAAGAAGAAUUCGCAGAAUGGUAUAGACUGUACAAAGAAGCCACUGUAAGUCUAAAAGACAGAGAAGAAAAUUUAGAAAACGUAGCAGAAUUUAUUGAAAAUAAUUUAACCUUGCAAGGAGUAACCGGUAUAGAGGAUAAAUUACAAGAAGGGGUCAGUUCUACUAUAGAAGAUCUAAGACUAGCAGGUAUUCACAUAUGGAUGCUAACUGGAGAUAAAAUAGAGACUGCAAUGAACAUUGGAAUUGCUGCAAAUUUAAUUGAUAAUUAUUCGGAGCAGUUUAUCUACACUGCAGAUUUAAUAUCUUGUGAAGAAGCACUGAUGAAUAAAAUUGACGAGGACAUUAUCAAUAUUGAGAAAACGUUAAAUUUACCUCACUACGAUUUUAAUGCCAAAUUUAAUGAUAAGAACCCUGGUUUUUUGAGGAGAUGUUUUACUGUAAAGGAAGAAAGUAACUUAUCGUUAAGUCCGGAUAAUUACAAAAAGAUAAUUAGCUCAUUUAACCAUGUGCUAGUGGUAGACGGAGGGUUGCUAGACACUUUGUUGAGCAAAAAAUUUGAAAGGAAAUUUUUUUACCUGGCAGAUAAAUGCUCCUCUGUGAUAUGUGGACGAGUGAGUCCCUACCAAAAAGGAGCAAUUGUUUCUUCAGCCAAUAGAUUGUUGAAAAAAAUUACUUUAGCUAUAGGCGAUGGAGCUAACGAUCGUAACAUGAUCAACACAGCUAACAUAGGAGUUGGAAUUAGAGGGCAAGAAGGGGUGCAGGCAUUUAACUCCUCAGAUUAUGGUAUCAGUCAAUUUAGGUUCUUAAAAAAUUUGUUACUAGUGCAUGGUAGAUUGUCCUACGCCAGAAUAAGCAAAUUGGUGGUAUACAUGUUUUACAAAAAUAUUGUUUUAAUUUUCCCUUUGUUCAUGUUCGGAUCGAUUUCUUUAUAUUCUGGGCAAAAAAUAUACUACGAAUUUUUACUGCACCUUUAUAAUAUUGUGUUUACGUCUAUUCCGGUUGUAGCCCAUGCCAUAUUAGACAAGGACGUAAGCUUAAAGACAGCAUUAGUAACCCCGAGCUUGUACAAAUUAGGAAUCUAUCAUUACUAUUUUAACAUUAGUACAUUUGUGUCUUGGGUUAUUAACAGUCUUUUUCAUGGUCUAGUUGUUUUUUUAUUACCGUUAUACUUUUUAUCCUAUUAUAAUAUUCCUAGUGCUGAUGGGACACCUUUCGAUAUGUGGACAGUUGGAAGUGUCACUUAUUUUCUCACCGUUUUAGUUGUCAAUUUCAAAGUGCUUCUCGAGACCUACUGCUUGAAUGUCCUCCCGCUGACAGCUGUGUUUAUGAGCAUUUUGUCUUUCGUCAUUCUUGUGUCGUCCUGCUCCUUCAUGUGCUUUGGCACUAAUAACUUCUUAGGUACAGCUGUCAUUUUAGCAAAGUCGUUACGAUUUUGGCUAGUUGUUUUGUUAGGCUUAUUUACCACCCUGUCCAGGGACUUCAUUUUUAAGGUUUUCAAGAGGAACUUCAACCCUGAAGUGUACCACUUCUUGCUCGACCAGGAGGACAAACCGAAGGGAAAAAACAACGUUAUAAAUCCGCUAAGUUCUGAUACCCAUAAGAAGGAUGAAGAAAUUAAAAUCGAAAAGUGCAAAUCCCUCGGAUAUGCAUUCAGCGAAGUAGACCCCGCGUGCGUGAAGUUGAUUAGAAAGCAGGACAAAAUGAUUUAA